GAUCAUUCCACCUCCCAACUUCCGCCCAACUAGACUACAUCAUUGAAGGGGAAGGGGCACUGUACCCGAACAAGUUGUAUUCUGUCUCAGUGUACCAUCUCAACCCAACUCUAUCUGGUGUUGGUAACCACACGAACAACUCGAGAGCGUUACUGCCCAAACACGUCACCCCCAUCGACGAACCAGUCCCCACACCAAUACCAUCUUCCCUUGUGGAAACUCAUCCUAUCCUCAACCUCCCCAUCCAUCUUCAACUGAAGUCUUCAAGCUCGACAAACCAUCGUCCAAAAAAUCAAACUCGGACCAAAAUGGGCAUCACGGCCAUUCUCCAACGCCUCCACCUCCUCCGCUCUGAAGAAUGGGACCCCCCAACCCCGCUCGACCACCUCCUCACCGAUAUGCAAUCCUGGCCCUUUUUCGUCAUUCCCAUCCACCUCCACUUCCUCCGCCUUGUCGUCACUCACCUCUACCAUCUAUUUCUUUUUCUCCGCGGGCACGCCUUCCACCCGCCCUCGCAUAUCUCGCCCAUCCGCGUCGUCUGUAUCUCCGACACACAUAAUUAUGAGCUUGAUCUGGCUAGGAUUCCCGACGGAGAGGGCGGUCUGCUGAUCCAUGCGGGAGACUUGACGGAUGAUGGGAGUAGGGAGAGUAUCCAGAGGCAGUUGGAUUGGUUGGGGGAGGUUAGAAGGCGGAAAGGGUUUGAGAGGGUCUUGGUGGUGGCGGGCAAUCAUGAUGGGUGGUUGGAUAAAGAAGGGGCAAGGCAGGUGCUGUUUGGAGAGGGAAGUAAGGGGGAUGCAGAGUUGACGUGGCCGGAGGGAGUGCAGUAUUUGGAUGGGAUGGCGGGAGAGGGGGAAAAUGGAGGUGUCAUGACGAUUGAGUUUGAGGGGAGGGCAAAGGGGAGGAGGUUGAAUGUUUGGGGGUGGGGAGGGGUGCCGAGAUGUGGAGGGCCGGAGCAUGCCUUCCAAUACGACCGCGCUUCUCACCCCUGGACGAACCGCAUCCCCGUCGAAACCGACAUCCUCAUCACGCACACCCCUCCCCGCCACCACCUUGACCUCGGCCUCGGCUGCGCCGGCCUCCUCGCCGAGCUUUGGCGCGUCAAGCCCAAGCUGCACGUGUUCGGCCACGUCCACUGGGGCGCCGGCCGCGAAGCCGUCUACUACGACGAGUGCCAGCGGGCGUACGAGUCGCUCAUGGCGCGCGGUGCUGACGUUCCGUUUCCGCCUGCUUUUCCUUCCAUUUUCUCGUUUCCCGCCUCUGUUUCAGCUGUUUCUCAAUCGGCCUCUCAAAAUCGCCAGGAACCUCGUUCAAAGAUGCGGGAGAAGCAGAAGCCGACGAAUCUGGUGAAUUUCUUGCUAUUGCCGGUUUAUUUCGGCCUGGCGUUGAGUUUAUACUUUGGGAAGGUGUUUGAGAGAGUUUGGAUGGACUCGAUGGAUGCUGCGAGGGUGAUUUGGCAUGGGACUACUGCUGUGGUGUGGAAGUGGGUGAUGCAGGGGCCGGGAUCGAAUAACGGGGCACUGUUGGUGAAUGCUAGUGUGACUUAUGGGAAUACGGGAAAGGUGAUUAAUCCUGUCCAAGUUGUUGAGUUGUGAUGAGGUGGGUUGGAUGGUAUUAUCAAAUCAAGGGCUUGUGGUAUAGGUAGGAGAACGUGGUAACGCCCUCGACGAGGAUAUUAGAAUAGGUAGGUUAUCAGGGAGGAACGCGUGCCGGAUACUCGGAGUAAAAGGGGAAGAGGAACAUUCGAGUGCAUUGCUGGGUAUUAUGCUGAUGUUAACAUAGGCUU